AUGAAGUUCUACGUGGUUUUCAGCCUUUUGAGUCUGCUUCUCACUCAUGUCAUCUCUACCAUCCCCAAAGCAAAAACAACCGGCGCCUCAGAAAUGGCAACUGUGGCAGAAUUUAGCAGCACGAAUGGCGGGUUGGCGUUCAUUGAGGAAAAGACGGAUGAAGCGACUGCAGGUAUCCUUGGGGGACGUUCAGCAGCAUUGAACUGGCUCACAAAACCAAGUGCACCCGCGGCGAGAAAGGAUAAGUGCGAUCACGAUGCUCCUGGCUGCUCCAAGUGCGGCGACUGCUGUGUUUUCCGCCUCCGAUCAAAACAAUGGAUCGAACCUGACACAAACGUGGUUGUGAUGCCCGUAACGAACCGCUGUGUCCCUGUGCCCAUUGAAGGUCAAUACAGUCUUGUGACUAAUGGAUGUACCAAUUGGUUCAAGAACUGUACUAUGUGGCCGCAGCGUGACUGCACUGGUGUACCCAAUACGAGAUCUCUCUCCAUUCCGAAGGAUAUCAACACAUGGUAUGGUACCACAUUCUACAUUCGCGCAAUCUCUUGCUCUGCUGCUUAG